AUGGGUAAUUUCAACAGCGUCAACCCUGCCGAUAGGCGUUACAUUUCAAACCCAGAGCAUAUGCGUACAAGUAGAGGCAGACGGCAGUGUCAGCGCAUCCGAAAUGAUAUGGAUGAAUCUGAAGCAGGAGGAAUGUCGGGAUUGUGGUUGUUGAAUGGGGACAUUGAUAAGGGUCAUCAUGGUGCGAUAUGGUAUGAGCGCAAGCUUGAGCCUCUCGUCACUCGCACUCCUAAGGAAAACUGGAAGAUACACUCAGGAUGGCUUCAGCGGUUGAAAUGGGCCGGCCUUUUACCUUUCGCGCGUCUGGUUGAGUCUAUCCCGGGUGAGAAACGCGUCGCCAUCGAUGGGUCUUUGCUGAGCUGCUUAGUGGACCGUUGGAGGCCAGAGACCCACACGUUUCACUUCAGAUGGGGAGAGAUGGCUCCUACUCUGGAGGAUGUGUCACUUUUGCUCGGACUACCGUUGGCAGGUCAUGCCGUAGGACCGUUGGACGCACCGGCUGGUUGGGAGCGAGCUCUUACAGAACGUUUUCACGGUGUUUUUCCGGAUGCUCCCGAUCCGGUAUGGGAGCAUCACGGACCUAAGUAUGAGUGGUUGCUAAAUUUCCGGAUCCAGAACUUCCGGGCGCCGUUGACUGCGGAACAGAUCACUCGGAGCCUCGAGGCCUACUUACUGUGGCUUUUCGGCAAGGUGAUGUUCACGGAGAACCAUGUCACCACUAUUAGCACCCCCUACAUCCCUAUGGCACUCGAGAUAGCGAGCGCUCAGACGGCGGAUCAGAUCAGACAGAGGAGUUGGGGUUCGGCGGUGUUAGCGGCUACAUACCGAGGUAUGUGCAACGGUUGCCAGCUUACAUCGAGAAAGCCAGCCCUUCUUGGAUGCCCUCUAUUCCUACAGCUGUGGUCGUGGGAGAGGUUCUCUAUAGGGCGACCAGAUGUACGUGUUCAUGAGCCUAUAGACGCCAUGUUUGAUGUUGACGGCAUCGACAUGCCUACUUUCGGUCUGUGUUGGACUCGUCGCAAGAGACGCUUUGCUAGUGAUCAGACCAGGAAGGCGUACACAGCAUUGAACGAGCAGUUCGAUGCGUACACCGGGGUCAUCUGGCAGCCCUACACGGAAGCAGCCAUACAAGCGAGAUACCCUGCUGGUAUGUCUGUGCUAUGCACAAGGGACCGAGAUUACUGGAUGACAAAAUCGAAGAUUAUCUUCGAUGUCUUCGUCGAGGAGAUGGCACAACAGAGGGUUAUGAGGCAAUUUGGUCUUCUGCAGUUGGAGCUACCUCCCCCUAUAGAGAACCCGGUGCCAGCACACAUCCACAGGACGACAAGGAAGGGUAUGAACAGGACAACUGCUGACUGGCUAGUUAGACUAGAGCCGUAUGUUAUAGAAUGGGAGACAGCAAACACAAAUCUAUGGCACGAGAAUCACAAUUUCGAUCUCGAUGAAUUCAAUCUCUAUUUGCGGCGCUACAUGACCGGAACACGGUUACGCAUUGUUGAGUACUCCCACCCAGAGGAGUUACCGGAUCCUACUCCGUCGGAUAUGUACCCGAGCUAUGAUACUUCGGGCUCUAGGCAGUACGCGGUAAGAUAUUUUUUCUUUACGUAAUGUUGUCACAUACUUUGACGUGCAAGAGACAGACAUUAUUAAUCGUCAUGGAAA